AUGGCUGACGCUCAAUUCGACAGUGCGCUGGACCUGCUCCGGCGCCUCAACCCCCGCGAUACGAAGCAAAACCUCCAGGCAAUCACCUCCAUCGUCCCCGAUCUGACCGAGGACCUUCUCUCUUCUGUCGAUCAGCCCUUAGAGAUCCGCAAGUGCCCCAAGACAGACCGCGACUACCUCCUCUGUGACUACAACCGCGACGGAGAUAGCUACCGGUCGCCCUGGAGCAAUGAGUUCGACCCCCCGCUGGAAGAUGGAACCGUGCCCAGUGAGAGAGUGAGAAAGCUCGAGGUUGCCGCCAACGAGGCAUUCGAUGUCUACCGUGAGCUGUACUACGAGGGUGGAGUAGGCAGCGUGUACUUUUGGGACUUGGACGAUGGAUUCGCCGGUGUUAUACUGUUGAAGAAGGGUGAGCGAGUGCUGUCUUGUUACUUUAGACUGGCAAUUCAAGCUAACAUCCUGUUUUGUAUAGGAGUUACACCAGGUGCUAAGAGCUCUGGAGAAUGGGACAGUAUCCACGUCUUCGAGGCUACCGACAGAGCGCGCAUGUCCCACUACAAGCUGACUAGCACUGUCAUCUUGCACUUGGCUAAUGAAUCCGAGUCCUUGGGUGAGAUGGACCUGAGCGGUAACAUGACCCGUCAGGUGGAGGUGGAUCUGCCCGUCGAAUCGGAUGCGAGCGACGUCGCCAAUGUUGGUCGGCUUGUUGAGGACAUGGAGUUGAAGAUGAGGAACUUGCUGCAGGAGGUAUACUUCGGCAAGGCUAAGGAUGUUGUGGGCGAACUUCGGAGUCUCCCUUCCUUGUCCGAAUCGAACAGAGAUCGGGCUACCCACCUGGAGAUGAUCCGGUCUAUGCACAGCUAG